AUGCAACAGCCCUGCUGCUGUCAGUCAUCGCCCUUAGCGCUCCCUGCGCCUCCAGCUCCACCCAUCUAUGUAUCUCUCCCGACACCUCCUCCGAUAUGUGUCACCCCACCUCCUUUGCCCCCCUUGCUCAUUGAAGUGCCGUUACCCCCACCGAUAACAUUAACACCUCCACCAAUGCCACCACUUUGUAUUACUCCGCCACCCUUACCCCCUAUGACGAUAACACCACCGCCCUCGCCACCUUUAUGCGUGAGCCCUCCACCGCUACCACCAAUGUGCGUAACGCCACCGACGCCGCCGGCUCUGUACGUUAAUCCUCCGAUUCCGCCUCCAAUAAUGAUCGAGCUCCCCAUGCCGCCGCCAAUCAUGAUCGAGUUACCGCCGAUUUUAGUCCAACCACCCCCAUUACCACCAGUAAUGGUUCAGCCACCUGCACUACCACCUCUACCUGUGCAGCCGCCUCCACUGCCGCCAAUGAUGAUUCAGCCACCGACGCCACCACCAAUGGUUAUCCAGCCACCUCCACCGGGACCUAUUACGAUCCAACCACCUUGCCCCGAACCGAUUUACGUGCAGCCACCUGCCCCAUGUCCAAUCAGCGUCCAGCCUCCACCGCUGCCCCCUAUUUGUGUUCAACCCCCUCCACCUCCCCCUCUAUGCGUCCAACCUCCCCCUCCGGAACCGUUCUGCCUCCAGCCGCCUCCGCCGCCACCAAUUUGCUUCUCACCAAACCCUUGCUCUGGAGCUCCUCCAUGCGGCUGCGGAUUGCCUUCUUCAGCGAUGGCUACUCCGAUUUAUUUAUAA